AUGACCGCCGCUAGCGUUGAGUUCAAUACGUUCUGGAAGCAAUUGAACUCGGAGCUUCAAAUUCUGUCGUCUGAGGCCAAGAAAAGGAGCGCGGCCAUUCGAGUUGCCAGUGAUAGGUCGCUAGAGAUAUUGAGGUCAGUACGGAGCUAUGAAGAACUUUCACGGCAUUCUGAGUUUGUUACACCGUUUGUGAUGUCCUGUUCGUCCAAAAAUGCAAAACUGACGACUAUUUCAAUGCAAUGUCUCCAAAGGUUAUCGUCUACACCGUGUUUGCCGAGCGAUAGACUAUCAGACGUUCUCGAUGCGUUCGUCCUGGCUACUCAGUUAGCUUUAGACCUGAAACUGAAGGUGUUGCAGGUGCUGCCGAUUUUCUUCAAGAACUAUGCGUACCACAUAUGUGGACCGCUGUGCGUUAAGAUACUUAAAUGCUGCUCGGAUCUUUUGCAGUCGUCUAACAAGUCACCUAUGGUGGUUGGAACUGCAAGCGCCACGUUACAGCAACUUAUGGAUGAAAUAUUCGAGAGGCUUAUACCGCGCAAGGCAGAAAACGCAACGCAAGCUGAGAAUGAGAAGAUAUAUGACGUGCUCGUCGGUAACAAUGAAUCUAUAAAGGUCGAUGUAUAUCGCCAUGAUGCGAAUGUGCUGUUUUCGGACCUGUGCUCGUCGUUCGAGGUCUCUGACUCCCCGAGUAAGAUCGGCCGUGAACCCCAGCUUGAUAUGAGGAAUCUACCCAUAGAUUACGGACUUGAAAUCUUGGAGUCGGUAUUGAAGAAUUCAACUUCAUUAUUCCUUACUUAUGGUGAUUUGCAAUUCCUGCUGAGGACGAAGACCGUGCCUUUCCUGCUUCGCUGUAUACAAUCCAGCAUGAAUUUUGCCAUUGUGGUGAGGAGUUACCGUUGCAUCAAGCUGCUGAUCAGGAAAGAGUAUUUAUCGGUACUAGAACUCGAGUUAGAGGUUGUGCUAUCACUAAUGAUCCAUGGAAUCUCUGUCGAAUCCGAGACUCCAAUUUGGAAGAAGGUACUGUCUCUUGAAGUCUUUUCCGAGAUGGCUCGCAAUUUCGACCUGCUGUGCGCAAUUUUCAUGACUUACGAUAACUACUCCGACAAAAAGCAUAUAUUAACCAGCCUUUUAUGGGAAUGCCACCGGUUACUAUGCCAGGAGGACAUACGGAACUGCCUGUGCGAAUCGCCGAUAAUCCAACGGAUGGAAUUGCCAAUUGUUACUGGUGAGGCAUUCAAUAGUAGAACACAAUUAAUCCACAUGUUGGACAAAGCGAGCCCGCCACCAGUAAGCUAUAUCUAUCUUGUUUGGCUUAUUUUAAGCAUUUCCAAUGAAUGGUCAUACGGUUUCAGCUUAGCUGCAUUGGAACUUCCGGGCGACUCGGCAAAAAAUCAUGGCCCAGAGUCUGAGGAUCUACAGACUAUCUACAAGGGAACUUUUCCUGAACUCUUCAGCAUCAGCAAGAAAUUUCUGUACUCGACGGCGCUAGAUGUCUCGCUUUUCCACUCAGUGGUGAGGGCGUUCCAAAAACUAGCUCAUGCGGCUGGUAUCCUUUCACUCGCUGAACAAUUAAAUCAAUGCGUGGCUAUUUUCUCCAUAUCCAUUGUAAAGAAUACCGAAGGUUGGCCUGAAGUACCUCAGAUUGCCCAACCUCAACAAGCUCUAGCGCCUAAUAGUGCAAUUAAAUCUGAAGAGGCUUCAUAUGCUGUUGCGGAGAAAGUAUAUCAAGGGGCAAGGAGCAAGCUGCCUUACAGAAAUAUUAACCAAGCACAGCUUAGCCUGUUCAGGGCAUUGAUAUCUCUCUCUGUCUCCUUGGGGCAAACUCUACCUCCUAGUACUUGGACAUACAUUCUUAAGACAUGGCAAUGGAUAUCUUAUUAUGUCAAUGGGCCCUCUGCAGAUUUUAUGGAAGGAUUUUACCUUGAAGACGUACCGUCGCCACCUCUGAUCAGUAAGAAUGAUUUGGUGACCAUUGAAAACACUACCAGGAAACUACUUGAGACCACGAUUUCAUAUUCUGAUUCCGGCUUCAAGACAUUGGUGGAGAAACUCAUUUCAGAAUCAAAUGACAUUUUGGCAUCUUGUACCAAAGGGAGGUCAAAAGAGGAUUCAUCACAGGCCUCGAUCCCAGCAUGUCGCUACAACAAGACCUUUUUCAUUAGUGAAUUAGGUGAGUUAACUGUGUGCAAUUUGGAUAGAUUCGCGAAUAGUCGAAGUGGAAGGGAGUACUGGUUGUCGAUUUCGAACUAUUUGACAAGCUUGAUUGCUGACCGCAAUGUUUCGACAGUGGCUAUACGUCUGUAUGCAUCCAAGACUUUGACUGAUAUCAUACGAAAAGCCUGCAUCAAAAUUGGCGAGGUUGAGGAUCCAACUGCUAGGAACAAGAAAUUUCAGAGCUUUGAAUGUCUAGUCAUAGAUCCUUUGAUGAAUUCCAUAGAAGCUCUCAAAAAUCUCGACAUAACUAAGGAUGCAAUCUACAGCGGACUUGUAAGGGCUGAGUCAGAGAUUCUCUUACAAAGUCUCUCCACAUUGAAGAACAUACUGAACGAAUUCGGAGAUAUCAUGACUGAAACUUGGCCGACCGUUUUUAAGAUCAUUAAUUCCCCUUUUUACUGGAAUUCCGAAAGUAUUGACAAUAUGUUAUCAGCGGAUGAAGACGACUCUUCCCUAGUGAAUGGAAUUGCCCAAAAGCAUAUUGAAAUGAUACAGGUCUCUUAUGACGUUUUCAAAUUAGUUUCCGACGACUUUUUACAAACAUUGCCGCUGGAGGUUAUCAAGUGCGUUAUUGACACCAUUGUCCAUUUUGUUACUCAAAAACAAAAUUUGAAUAUAUCUUUCUCAUCACUUAGUCAAUUUUGGUCGCUGGGUGAUUAUUUUAGAAUGCAAGAGAGCGCUAACCAAAAUGCUUGGCUUGGCAUAGAUUCUUCGAGAUUUGUGGAUAAUAUUACGAAAGGAAAAUUGAUGGAUGUAAUUGUCGCGAAAGACAGUACGCCGUUCGAGGUUCACUGUGGUCUCUGGCUUUACCUACUGAAAGAGCUCACUGGGUGUUCUGAGGACGAGCGAAAGGAAGUGAAAAACGGGGCGAUUCAAACUCUCUUUAGAAUAAUAGACUCGCAUUCUGCAUAUUUUCCAAGUUGGAAGCUUAUUUUUUUGGAAGUGAUCAAACCAUUGCUCUCUACCAAGAGAGAUGCGAAUCAGCUUCUAAAUGACGUCGAAUUUUGGAAUCACACAUUAGAAGGCUUGGUAAAGCUGUACCCUGUCCAUUUUGGCAAUUUUUCGGAUGAAGGUAGUGCAAGAGAGGAAUGGAUAACUCUAUUGAACUUUCUGCAAUUACUGCUUAACUCUGGUUUGCCUGAGGUAUCAUACGUCGCAAUUGUCAACUAUCGAACCCUCCUGAAGGCUAUGGUGAACCUGAAAAAAGUGCCACAGGAAGUGCUGGCAAAAUGUGUAUCAAUAUGGAGCGGGUAUGAUGUUGUGUACAACGAUAUGCCUUCAUCAAAUUCCCCCAUCCAGAAAAACGGAUAUGACUGCAUACACGAACUAAUAACAUCUUUUCCUUAUUUAUAUGAAAUCGUCACCACCUAUCAAAAGAUGUCUGUCGAAUUUGUGGAAAUCACUCUGAAUCUUUUCAACUCCGCUGUCAGAUAUCCCCUGCUCCCUGAGCACACUAAAGAUAACCUCAAGCCUUCAUCAUUACAAUCAGCAGUUCUAAGCGGUUUAGAAAUCUUCCGCCCAUCUCAUGAUGAUGAUGUCGAUACUCUAAUCCUCUACCAACUGAGUGUGAUAGUAACGCUGCCUUUUGAAACUCGAGAGAAGAUUGAAAAGAAGCUGCUACCGAAGCUGCCUAACUCCUCAAAAGCUCGCCUACCAACUUUUGGGGCCGUCAGUGCAAGCGCACUUGAGAUUUUCAAUAAGCGGUUACUUAACGGGAAAGUUGAUAGCUGGGGUCCCUUGAAGGAGAAAUACACCAUCAAAAUGUUCAAAAAUUUGGGCGAGGUCAUCCGUCGUAAAUCUCUAAUUCGCAACGCAGGAAAUGAAUCGCCAAUCUACACGGCAGCUUGCGAAGCCUGUGCAAUACUGACUAAUAGGAUCUUUGGCUUAUUUUCAACGUCCAAGAUGUCUGUUCAAGUUCAAGAUAAUUUCUUCGAUGUUUUCAUAGAAAUCGCCUCAUCGCCCCUUCAAAGGAUUGAUAUGGUUACAGAUUCCGAAACCGAACAUUUUGAUGCUAACGCUUAUUCAAUGUUGAGAAACAUUUUCAUCAGACAGGACGUAAUAGGACUCUUCAAACAAGCACAGAUUGAGAAAAUCUUAUCUUCUGUAUGGGCUGGUUCUUUCUUGUACGAAAAAGAUGAAAUCGAAAUGGAAAUAAUGAAUCGAAAUCAGUCAUUGAGAGAUCUAGCCAAAGGUUUGGCCAAUUUUGAUUUUGAUUAUAUUGCUGCUUCAACCGUCGAAACAACUGUCCUUAGUAAGAGCGAAUGCGCUUUGAUCUGUCUCCGAGAUCUAGUUCACUUUGUCCGAUUUUCUGAAGAGCAGUUUGAGACUUUGAGGAAGCUUUGUGCGCCUUAUCUCGUUUGCCGUAUUGCUUUCGUUCUUAGACGCUUUAUCUCACAUGAAUCUCUCAGAAGAAUGGCUCCAAUUCCAAAGAUACGCAAGCUUGAAUUGCAAAUAUUGAUCCAUGGACUGCAUGGUAUCGUUGAAGAUUUGCUAAUCGGGUCAAACUCAUCAAAGGAUGCUAUUUGCAAUGAUUUGAAGUUACUUCAUCCGUUGAUCUUACGGGCGAUGCCGCUGUCGCAUAUGCUAGAGAAUUUACAGAAAGAACUGCUGGACCUGUCUCUCGGACUAACUAAAUUGACUUCAAACUAA